AUGGCCUCGUUCGUGACGGAAGUCCUGGCACACUCCGGGAGGCUGGAGAAGGAGGAUCUGGGCACUCGGAUCAGUCGCCUGACCCAGCGGGUGGAAGAAAUCAAGGGCGAGGUGUGCAGUAUGAUCAGCAAGAAGUACAGCGAAUUCCUGCCUAGCAUGCAGAGCGCCCAGGACCUGGUUACCCAAGUGGAUAAGCUAUCUGAUGACAUUGGCUUGCUGAAAUCUCGGAUAGAGAAUGAGGUCCGCCGGGAUCUUCAUGUAUCAACGGCUGAAUUUACAGACUUGAAGCAACAGUUGGAAAGAGACUCAGUAGUCCUCUGUUUGCUUAGACAGCUACGAGAGUUUUCUACUGCUAUUGAGGAAUAUAAUUGUGCCUUAGCAGAAAAGAAGUAUAUUUCUGCUGCUCAGCAUCUAGAAGAGGCCCAGAAAUGCUUGAAGUUAUUAAAAUCCAGAAAAUGCUUUGACUUAAAAAUAUUGAAAUCUCUCAGCAUGGAGCAUACAAUACAGAAACAGAACAUACUUUAUCACCUUGGAGAAGAGUGGCAGAAGCUGAUUGUAUGGAAGUUCCCACCAUCAAAAGAUAUCAGCAACUUGGAAUCUUGCCUGCAAACAGAGCUUCAUUUAUGCACUGAACAAUCUCAGAAAGAAGAGAAGGACCCUGUGCCACCAAUCAGUUCUGUCCUCUUGGCAUUUUCUCUUCUUGGAGAGCUACAUACCAAGCUUAAGUCAUUUGGUCAGAUGCUGCUAAAGUAUAUCCUUAAGCCUCUGGCAUCUUGCCCAUCCCUUCUUGCUGUGAUAGAAAGCCAACCUAACAUCACCAUCAUUCGUUUUGAAUCUGUGAUGACUGACUUGGAACAUCCAUCACCAUCUGAAGUUUUUGCCAAGAUCAGACUGGUACUGGAAGUGGUCCAGAAACAACUUUUAGAUUUACCUCUUGAUGCUGACCUAGAAAAGUUAAAGACAUCUAAGAUCACAUUGGCUGAGAUGCUUGGUGACAUGAUCUGGGAGGACCUAUCUGAGUGCCUUAUUAAAGAUUGUUUGGUUUAUUCUAUCCCGACAAAUAGCAGCAAGUUACAGCAGUAUGAAGAGAUCAUACAAUCCACUGAAGAAUUUGAAAAUGCCUUAAAGGAGAUGAGGUUUUUAACAGGAGAUACUACUGAUUUGCUGAAAUAUGCCCGUAAUAUCAAUUCUCAUUUUGCUAACAAGAAGUGUCAGGAUGUGAUUGUGGCGGCUAGAAACCUAAUGACCUCUGAAAUUCACAACACUGUGAAGAUUACUCCUGCUUCUAAGAUAAGUGUGCCAGACUUACCUUGUCCUAAUGAGGACGACAAGCUACAAGUACAGAAAGUGUCCACAGCUCAGUACAAUGAGGUGGCGAAUUUAGAGCCUGAGAAUACGUUGGACCAACAUUCCUUUUCUUUGCCUACAUGUCGCAUCAGUGAAUCUGUGAAGAAAUUAAUGGAACUUGCCUAUCAGACUUUAUUGGAGGCAACAACCAGCAGUGAUCAGUGCGCUGUUCAACUUUUCUACUCAGUGAGGAAUAUCUUCCAUUUGUUCCAUGAUGUUGUACCAACAUAUCACAAGGAGAACCUUCAAAAACUGCCACAGUUGGCUGCCAUUCACCACAACAACUGCAUGUAUAUUGCUCACCACUUGCUAACCCUCGGGCAUCAGUUCAGGUUGCGUCUUGCCCCCAUUCUCUGCGAUGGCACUACUACUUUUGUGGACCUUGUACCUGGCUUCCGGAGACUUGGGACCGAGUGUUUUCUGGCCCAGAUGCGGGCACAGAAAGGAGAACUUCUGGAAAGAUUAUCAAGUGCUAGAAACUUUUCGAACAUGGACGAUGAGGACAAUUAUUCUGCAGCAAGUAAAGCAGUGCGGCAGGUACUGCACCAGCUAAAGAGACUCGGAGUUGUGUGGCAGGAUGUCCUGCCGGUGAACAUAUAUUGCAAGGCUAUGGGGACUUUACUCAACACAGCGGUUUCUGAGAUCAUUGGCAGGAUCACUGCCCUGGAGGACAUCUCUACCGAAGACGGUGACAGAUUGUAUUCCUUGUGCAAAACAGUGGUGGAUGAAGGACCUCAAGUAUUUGCACCUCUGUCUGAAGAAAACAAGAAUAAGAAAUACCAAGAAGAGGUUCCAGUCUAUGUGUCAAAAUGGAUGCCAUUCAAAGAACUGAUGAUGAUGCUACAAGCCAGUUUGCAAGAAAUUGGGGAUCGGUGGGCAGAUGGAAAAGGGCCCUUGGCAACUGCAUUCUCUUCGAGUGAAGUUAAAGCUUUAAUUCGUGCCUUGUUCCAGAACACAGAAAGAAGAGCAGCCACCCUUGCUAAGAUUAAAUAG